AUGGGUAGUAGUGAAGUUGAUAAAUCCUCUAAGGAAGGGAAAGAAGAAAAGGAGCCGAAAACACCUGCUGCACAGGAGCAGAGUUCAGCUGCUUCUGGGGCAGUUGCAGCUGAUUGGUCUGGGUUUCAGGCUUAUUCUCCUGUGCCUCCUCCACCCGGGUUCUUAGCUUCAAAUCCACAAGCGCACCCCUACAUAUGGGGAGUCCAACAAUUUAUUCCGCCCUACGGCACUCCACCGCCUCCAUAUGUCAUGUACCCUCAUGGGAGUUAUUAUGCUCAUCCAACUAUGGCUCCGGGAUCUUAUCCGUUCAGUCCCUUUGCUAUGCCUUCUCCAAAUGGCAUUGCCGAAGCCUCUGGUAAUGCUUCAGGCAACAUGGAGGUGGACGGCAAGUCAUCUGAGGCAAAAGGAAAAUUGCCAGUCAAAAGAUCCAAGGGAAGUUUGGGCAGUUUAAAUAUGAUUACUGGGAAAAAUAACGAGCCUGGUAAAACGUCAGGUGCCACUCCAAAUGGUCUACAUUCUAAAAGUGCUGAAAGUGCAAGUGAAGGUUCAAGUGGAGGAAGUGAUACACAUUCCCAAAAUGGUUCGCAAGUAAAAUCCGCUGGCCGGCAAGAUUCAGCAGAACCAUCUCAGAAUGGUAGCACGGGUCACAGUUCCCAAAAUGGAGGACCGAAUAUCUCUCGGCAAAUGGUAAAUCAACCAAUGCAUGUGGUACCAAUUUCAGCAGUGGGUGGUGUUCCUGGGCCCCCUACUAACUUAAAUAUUGGAAUGGAUUAUUGGGGUACAAUCCCCUCGUCUUCUAUUCCUGCAAUGAGGGGUAAGGUGUCUGCUGCACCAGUUGCAGCUGGAAUGGUUACUGCUGGAUCACGAGACAGCAUACAGUCACAGCUAUGGAUUCAGGAUGAAAGAGAGCUGAAAAGACAGAGAAGAAAGCAGUCAAACAGGGAAUCUGCUCGUCGGUCGAGAUUGAGAAAGCAGGCAGAAUGUGAUGAACUGGCCCAGCGUGCUGAAACCUUGAAAAAAGAAAAUGCAACUCUCAAAGCAGAAUUGGCUCAUAUAAAGAGCGAAUACGAGCAACUUCUUGCUCAGAAUACCUCUUUAAAGGAGAGACUAGGUGAGCUUCCUGGUGAAGAAGAACCAAGGUGCAGUCAUGAUGAUCAGCGGUCGAACACUGAUGCUCAAUAA